UGAAGCACUCCCACACUACGUAGUCUCAGCGGAUCCGGGAUCUAGGCCAACCAAGCUUUUUUUUUUUGGAAGGCAGAAAAAACACGUAGCCACCCCGGUGCGUGUGUAAACGGAGUUAAAUGGACUUUUGGGUGAAAGCAAAAUGAAUCUUAUCUAGAUUUGGCGUUGAGGACUGAUCGACAGUAGACGGUUAAACUUUGGAUGGAGUUUAUUUCCUCAGCCAGCGCAGUCCAAACAGCACAGAGGCACUGAGGGGGAUCGGAAUUUACCGGUGACAAGUCUGGGAGGAAAAAAAAGGCAAAGAGGAACCACUCGUUACAUGGAGUUUUAAAAACCCUGCUUCAUUUUAAUCACUAUACAACAAAGAUUCCUGAAGAUUGGAGUCGGAUGAAAAGUGCGUCCAGAAAGGGACAACUCCAACUUUUCCCAUUUCAGCCCAAACUUUGUGGAAACAGCUCCGACCAUGGCGAAAAAGUAUGAUUUCCUUUUCAAAUUGUUACUCAUCGGGGACAGCGGAGUGGGCAAAACAUGUCUGAUCAUACGUUUUGCUGAGGACAAUUUCAACUCCACGUACAUUUCCACCAUCGGCAUCGACUUUAAAGUAAAAACCAUUGAAGUGGAUGGAAAGAAAGUGAAACUACAAGUCUGGGACACAGCAGGACAGGAGAGGUUCAAGACCAUUACGACAGCCUACUACAGAGGAGCCAUGGGCAUCAUCCUGGUGUACGACAUCACAGACGACAAGUCCUUCGAAAACAUCCAGAACUGGAUGAAGAGCAUUAAAGAAAACGCAUCAGCCGGAGUCAGUCGGAUGUUACUAGGUAAUAAGUGCGACAUUGAAGCAAAGCGGAAAGUUUCCAAGGAGACAGGAGAAAAGCUGGCAAAAGAUCAUGGGAUCAGGUUCUUUGAGACCAGUGCAAAGUCCAGCAUCAACGUGGAGGAGUCUUUUCUGUCUUUGGCAAGCGACAUACUACAGAAAUCCAGCAAGAAACCAGGCCCCACAGGUCGAGAGGUGAAAAUCACAAGCAGCACAGAGAAAAAAACCUCCAAAUGUGUUCUGCUCUAGAUAUGACCCAGGCCAACACACACAAGGAAGCGACAUACAAAUUUAAGAGCAUAUCAGUGUUAGUGGGGAGAAAUUCAGUACAGCAGGGUUUCUGUCUCCAUCUGGUGGGCUCACACAUGAAAUACACACAGGUGCCAAAAGUCUUUACACCGAAACUACUUUUAUACUUUUGUUACCCAAAAGCUGACUUUACCAGAAAAAAAUGAGCUGAAAUUUUGUAGAAGUGAUUGUGCCUAUUUUUCCCAUUGAACACAUCUUCUGCCACAUCUCCUGUGAUAGUGUUAUUGUCAUUCAAGAAAAUGCUGCAAAGUGGCAGUCAGGGUGUGACUAUAGAGAGAUUACUGACACAGCAUUUCACCAAGCACUUCCCACCAUGUUUAGUUAAGCUGUACAUUUCUGUUUCUGCCUUGUAUUUCCAACCCAUUUCAGCAGAAUGUUGGUAUUGCACGUUUCUUCAGACCAUGGAUAUGUCACAUUUGUACGUUGUUAUAUUGCGGAUUCAUUCCAGCAAGGCUGCGGGUCAUGUUUUGGCACAAAAACCACGUGGUUAUGGUUAGGAAAUGAUCAUGUUUUGGCUUAAAAUACGCAAUUUUGGUGGCUGCAAAGCUGCUGGAAUCACAGUGAUGUUGAAAUGAAACUGUUAGUGGUGGCAUAAUCUUAGCCAGAAAGGCAGCCAUAUCUCAGUAAAAAAAUAACCGCUUUUGGGGGCAAUAUUCCAACUGGAAACGCAGCGAUUACUUAGGAAAAAAACAUCUCCUUUUUCGUAGCACUUUUCCAACAGGUACCGCAGGGAUCUCUCCAUAAAAAACAACCAUUUCUUAUGGCACUGUCCCGACUUGAAAUGCAGCGAUAUCUCGAUAAAAUCCAAACGUUUUUCUUGUACUAUCCCGGCUUGAAACAUAGCGAUGUCUCAGUAAAAAAAUAACCGCUUUUGAAGGCAAUAUUCCGACUGGAAACGCAGCGAUUUCUUAGGAAAAAACAACUGCUUUCCAUCUUCCAACAGGUGCCACAAGGAUCUCUCCAUAAAAAACAACCACUUCUUAUGGCACUGUUCCAACUGGAAACGCAGCGAUUACUUAGGAAAAAAACAUCUCCUUUUUCGUAGCACUUUUCCAACAGGUACCGCAGGGAUCUCUCCAUAAAAAACAACCACUUCUUAUGGCACUGUUCCAACUUGAAAUGCAGCGAUAUCUCGAUAAAAUCCAAACACUUUUCUUGGUACUAUCCCGGCUUGAAACAUAGCGAUGUCUCAGUGAAAUACAAACACUUUUUGUGGCACUAUACCUGGUGGAGGAAUGAGGUUGUCUUGCUAAAAAUGACCCAUGAUUGGUGGCUAAAAAGCCACUGGAAUACGCAGCAAUGACUCGCUAAAAAACAACAGUUUUUAUUGUUUGUUGGUUUCAAACAGUGGUCUUCAGUGGUCUGCAGCUUGGCAGGCAUCUUGCCUAGGUGCCAUGCCAUCCACCAUCACCCCCACCUUUCGAUGACAAAGUCAGCUCAUAUACAACAUAACAUAGGAAAUGUACAAAUCUAAGGUAUCCAUGGUAUGCAGACAUGUACCAUGCCAACAUUUUCAUCUGGCGACUGGGCUGUGUUUUUCUCUGGCUUAUCACCACAUUAUCAUUCCUAAAACAGCACUGCUUAAUGUAUAUAAAGGACUUUAACUGUGUGUUUUUGGGGUAGCUAUGUAAACAAAUGACAGCUUAAUACAACCAUUUCAUUCAUUUCUUAUAUGUGAGCACAUAGUGGCCUUUAAGAGCUCAGUGGCAGAGGAAAGGUUUUAAAGAGGAAGGAGGAAAGUGUUUUGAUUAGCACACAGUAGGCUUCUGGUCGGGCGUCUCAUAGAUUCUGUUAGAUGGUGUGUAAAUGCUGGACAGAAUUGAUAAAUCGAUUAAUAAGUCAAAAAACUUAUUAGGUUACCAAUGCACUUUCACUUUUGUCAUGUUGUUUUCUAUAUUACAUCAACAGCACAGGCAAGUUGACAUCCCGUAUCCCUAUCCCCAAUCCCCUAUCCCCGUUCCUUAUCCCCACAAAGACUGAACAUUAGGCUUUUAAAUGUUAUAUUUCAUUAUGAUUACAAUGUGUUUACCCUUCAAGAGCUAAUAAAAUGGUUCAGUAUUUUAAUGCAUUCAACAGAAUCUACAGGAGCAGAUGCCAUUUAAUAUUAAAAGAGCCUGAAACUAUAGGAGAGGAAAUUUUUCGGGUUACAUAAUACGAGAAGCUGAAACCGUGCUCUUUACAUUUAUGAAUUAAACAUGUUGAUGUUUGGAGUUGAAUCUGAGACAAACACUGGUGGUAAACAAGCUUGGUUUUAACAGAUGGCUCGAAGAGUGUGGACGAUAGGAACAGAGAUAAGUGCAAUAUGAGAAGAUGAGUGGAGAGAUGAAAGAACGAUGGAUAAAGCAAGUGAAUGGACAGGAUGUGGGGGAAGCAGCUGCGCUCACAUGUCCCUCAUUUUGAAUUGAUUUAGUGGGUCUUGCCUUUUAUGUGAAGUGCCUGGUUAAUCUCUUACUAAACACUACCACACAUUAGCUACAUCUGAAAAGACAGUCUCCCUGCUCAGGCAACUUCAGAUCAUUCACAAUGACUCUGAUUAUGGGUGCUCAUCUGAUCUGGACAGACAUACUGUAUUUUCUGUAUCUACUUUCUAUGCAUUACUUUCACAUUCAGUGGCUUUUAGACCUGCCACAAGACUUUGUAUGUAGUUUACAGACCUGCCGCUUGCUGAAUAAAAAUGCUAAAGAGUAAACG